AUGAAUUAGCAAUAAGAGGAUAAUAGAAAUACUAAAUCAUAUUGCUUGAAUUGCAAAAAAAGGGAGAAUUUUUAUUUUGUCAAAAGAAUUACGAAUAGAUUAAUCUCGGCAAUAUGCGAAGAUUGUUACUAAAUGUUAACUAAGGAUAAGGAUGAAUAUAUAAAUAUGAAGGAUUUUAGAAAUUAUCAAUUAGAAGUACUAUAAACUACUUAACCUUUAUUAUAUUUUUCUUCUGAAAUAAGUAGCAAAGUUUAUGAUAAUCUUAUUUUAACAGAUGAGUAGAAGUCUAUAUUGAAGCACUUGAGUGAGAAAUUUAAUGAAAUUGAUAAAAUGUUAAGAGAAGUAGAAUAAGGACGUUCAGAAUCUAUUUCUAAGUUGUUGUUUUCGUUUCAAAAUAAUAUAUAAGAAAAAUAACACAAUGAUUUAUUAAUAACCCUAAAGUUAGAAAAGUAGAUGAAUUUUUUGGAAAAAAUUGAUGUCUAUAGAUUUAGAAAUGAAUAGGAUUAUUAUUUUGGAGGCAAUUUUCAGAUAUAUCUACAAAAUUUUUUAAUGAAAUCUAUGAACAAUGAAUAAUAAAAAACAAUUAAACAGAUCAUCACUAAUUGCAUAGAUUUUCCACUUUUUUUACAAAUAGUUGGUGAGAAAUUCAAUGAUACCUCAUAAUAAGAGUUUAUUAAGUAAAAUUAUUAUGGAUUCCUCAAUCAUGGAAAUUAAAAAGAAGGACUUGGCUUUUGGAAUUAAAAGAAUUAAUUAUUUUAUGGAAUAUUUUAUAAGGAUAUUUUUCUUUGGGGGAUCAAAGUAAUUAUUUAUUCACCAAAUUAAUUCUCCUUAUUCAAGGGUUUCUUCUCAAAAUGCUCAGAAGUUGAUGGAGAAAAUUAUUUACUAAAUGGAACUGGAGAAAUGAGUUCAAUUGAUGAGAAUUGGGCAUAGCAUGAAUAUCAAGGAAGAUUCACUAAUGAAAAGAGACAAGGAGAAGGUACAUAUACUUGGAAGUCUAUGGAUAAUAAGGAAGCGAAAUACACUGGAUCCUGGCUAAAUGAUUAAUAUCACGGUUAGGGUACUCUAGUGAUAUAAGAUUAAAAUAUAACUAUACAAGGAGAAUUUAGCUUUGGAGAUCCAAUUUACCAAAAUUGUGAAAUAACAGGUAAAGAUAUACCACGACAAACUUUGAGUAACUAUGUAGUCUAAAAAACUAAAUAGACCAUAAAGAACAAAUUUCCUUUAUAGCAACAACCUUAAAUGAAAAUUAAUUUUACUACAUUGUAAAAUACACAGAUGUAGCCACCAUUUGCCAUUAGCAAAACCCCUUCAAACUCAUCAAGAAUACCUCAAUUUACACCUCCAUAAUAACCUCCAAAACUGUUAAAUUAAACAAUUCAAAAUCCUCUUCCAAUUAAGCAGAACUUAAAUUAAGCAAACUAAAAAUAACCAUGAGUUUUAUUGAAUUAGAAGUUAAC